AUGGCCGCCACCGAUAUAAGUGAUCAGGAUCUCGUUUCGUUUCUCGACGAUGUCCAUUCCAACAUUGAGAACGACGACAGAACCGAUUUCAAAAAACUAACCUUAUACCUCUUCGGGUUCGCCCACAAACUCAUCGCCAAAAUUGCCAAUGGAAAUGGCAAAUUGCAACUUCUCCAAAGAACUUUCGAUACCAUUGAAUUGGUGCUUUCCAAGAAGAAAUACUUGCUCAACACCCACAUAUCACCGCCAGAGUCGGAAUUGGCCAUAGAAAUCCCAGGUUUACUGUCUUUAUUCUACGAAUGGGGUCUUCGAUUUGGCAUCCAUCAUCUCUUCAAUUAUUCCACAAAUCACGACGAAACGAGCCACCAAACCAUAAACUGCAUUAAACUGUUCAUCAUUACCAUUAUCAACUUGGUCACUACCCAACUUCAUGGAUUCCAGUAUAAACGCAAACUACAGAUCAUCCUCAUCUCCACCAUCGAACACGAUUUAGCUGGACUAUUUUCUUCUCUCACCACGCCAUACGAUAAGGAUAACUACCAGUCACAGCUAGUACGAUGUACCCACUUGUUUCUGAUUAUCAACGACAAAGAUAUUCUGAUUCGCUUGCUUGCAAAUAUCGCUGGCAUGCCGUUAAAAUUGGAGACGUUUGCUCGCAAAUUGUGGUUCGUUCUUUGCAAUUACAACGAUAACAUCAAGGUGGUGGACGAGUUGAAAUCGGUGCUCAUCUCAAAUCUCACCAAUAAUAUCGUGGUGGAAGAGACAGCUGGCUGGGCAGACAUCGCACUCGUCGUUAGCUGGCUAACGGAAUUCAGAGAUCAAUUCCAUGAAAGUUCGUCUCUGCCACCCAUUGAGUACACUACGUUCAUAAGAAGCUGGUGCUGCUGCUUGUUCAAAGUCUUUUUGAUCUGUAUAGAUCGCCAGCUCGAACACUCGUUCAUGAAAGCGUUUGCAUCGUUCAACUCCGGACCGCUUAAACUACCUCAUUUGCUCUCUAAUUCCAUCGCCGUGAUCCAAAAGAGAUAUGCCAUAACUAAUGGUGACGAAAUCAUGAAGGAACCUGCACCAUUCAACGACUCAGAACUAGAUACUUUGGCAGCAGAGCUUCUCGGUACCCAGUCCCCUUCCCUCGAUACCAUGCUACAAUUCUACUCACCAGAAUUCCGUACGGCUCAAGAUCCUCUGGUAUGGAUUUCAAACGUAAAUCAGUUUUUGAAAGGCUUUGUUCUCAAGGAUAACUUUGGUUCACGACUAACGCUAUACACAUUAAUCACAGCAUUGGGAAACUACUCGUGCCUUUCGAGUGGUCGACUCAAAUUGAAGACUUCAAGCUGCGAAGAUUGCGACCACCGCUCUCUCAGCAAGACUAAUUAUUCCAGCAUCUCAAUUUCUCGUCCCUUGAUACGAGAACACCCCAAGAUAUCGACCUUGUACAGCAUUUUCUGUGAGUUCAUGUUUGGCACAUACCAGCAAAAGAUAAGAGAGGAUCCUAUCCUAUGUACAAAUGUACUUCUUGCCCUUUACAAGAUCUUGGCAUCAUACAGACCAGACAUCGUUUCAAUUGCUGACGAACCUUCAUUCAAAUUUGUGCUCAAGUGUCUACAGAGAAACCAUAAUCGUGAUUGCCGUCUUUUGGCUGCUAGGGUGUUGCCCUUGUUUCUCCUAGCUCCUAAAGAUGACCAUCUAGAAAUUGCAUUUCGAAUAGUUUUCAGUGGCUUGGUGUCCAUCGACAUCGAAAAAAAUGCAUACUUGGCCGAGUCCAUGUUUCGAGCUCUUGGCGAGUUAGCCAUUAUUUCUGAAGGAGAAUGGCUUUGUGCUAUAUUUAUCAAGCUUAUCGACCUAUUUGGCGAAUCUAAUGAUCACCAUGUCAAUAUGGUGUACCACGAAAUGUUGGGGAUUGCAUCAGCAAAGUCUCUCACGCCUUACAAAGUUCUAUCGCCAUUUCUCCCCAGCGUUGCAGAACGGAUUGUUAAACAUCCUGCUAUGUUUGAAAGAAUCACUCAACUUUGUGGAAUUUCCAAAAAGUACUUUUUGAAUCGAACCAAAGAAUAUACUACUCCAAGGUUUCUUGAAUACUACAAACAUGAUUAUAUUCAAGAUAUCGCCGUUGCAGCAGAAACCACCAGAUGGAAAUUGAUUGCCCGCAAUUUGCCACGGAUAGUUGCAACCUACAUAUGUAAGGACGAUGAGAUAAACGAGUCUUACAUCUUGAAUGUUCUUGCUAAUGCUAGUCCUGAAUUCAAAUCGAUUUCAAUGGCUGAAUUGGUUUCAAGUAUAGGCGAAAUCACCUGGUUUGUUCUUCUCAAUAUUCGAAUCAACGACAAGGGCAUUUUUACUAACGAAAAGCAAAUACGAAACGCUCUACACUAUAUUGCAAAAGCCAACUUAACCAAGACCAAAUCUCAAAACUUGGCUCGUGCAAAGAAUUUUAACCACAUUGAAUAUCUUUUAGGUGAGCACGUAUUAGAAUUGGUUCAGCGGUUCUCGGAAAACGUUCAUCAUAUCAAAGGUACCAAGCCAUUUCUAGAGAGAAUGAGCUCGCUUCGGGCCAUAGAGUUCCUCAUAACUAACAACAUCAAUGCUUCGGCGUCUGCUCUUGGCCAAAUAUCCACAUGCUUGCAAGCUAUGCUUGAAAAUGCUGACUUUGAAUUACCUGCGUUGAGAUGCUGGAAUGUGUUGGUUCAAAAGCUUCUGACAGAUCAUCUCAUUUCUUUGUUUGAUAUACUCAUAUCACUCAUAUUUCAAAAGUUUACAAUUUUUGAGCACAGAUCCAAAAUUAUUGCGGUUCAGAUCUUGAAAAAACUAUUUGUUGAGCUUCGAGACAAGUACACAAAAUACUCGCUUUACUACUUUUCAAUUCCAUUUAUUAAAGAUUUGGAAAGAUACUUCAAAUUGGACUCCACCUUCAGAAACUUGAUGAAGCCCACAUCACGAACAAAUUACUUGUCGGAGUUCGCUCGUCGUUUGCAAACACACAAUGAGUACGUUGUUCACCAGGCAUUGGAUGACUUGAACAUCUAUAUUGACAAGUAUCAACUCAAUUGUCAAUCAGAAGACUUUCAAGACAAUGCCAUGCAAACCUACGUGGCCAAUUUGAUUCGAACGCUCUUGGACACCUCUUCGAAGUUCAAAAGCUCCAGUAGUGACAUUUCCAAGAAAUGUGCUAAAGCAUUAUCGCUUUUUGGUGCGCUUGAUCCCAAUCGUUUUGCUCUUAAAACGUUCAAAUCACAGGUAAUUGUUGUCCACGAUUUUGAAGAUUACCGAGAGAAUGCUGCUUUUCUACGUCACUUUAUUGAGAACAAGGUACUCAAGGUCUUUUGGGCUUCCAAUGAUCCAGUCAAGCAACUAUUUUCUGCUUAUUCCAUGCAAACGUUUUUGGAAGUACUCAAGUUAGAUGCUUCUGUUUUGAACCCCCUGACACAAGACCCUUUUACUGACGUCUGGAAAAAGUUCAGCGACGUAGCAAAGUCGACUUUGACACCGCUUUUGUCAUCAAAAUAUGUUUCUCCUGUCGUGAGGUAUGAGCCUUUGAAGUAUCCUCACUUCAAGAUUGGUUUAACUCAUGAAAAAUGGCUUGUCGACGUCACAGCCACGCUUUUGAAACGACCAGUGAAAAGCAUAUUCAAAGAUGGUGGUUCGAACAGUACUUCUCGUCUGACAAUAUUUCAAACAUGUUCGAUGUUGAUUCGUGAUCAUGAUAUUUCGAUCUGUGACUACCUUUUGAAAUAUGUGGUUUUGAGUCAUGUAAUCAACGGAGACGAGGAAGUCAUCAAUGAUAUCCGUACUGAGUUUCUCUAUUUGUUGAACGUGGACAACUCGGAAUUAUCACCUGAUAGAAGCGACCAGAUCAAGCUUUGUUAUCAAUCUGUCUUCGAAGUUUUAGACUACUUCAACGAUUGGGUUUCAUCAGCAAUUCAGUAUAUGAACGACUAUACUCUUAGCAAGACAGAAACUUCCAGAAUGAAAAAGCGAAUAGAUUUGGUGAGCUCAUUCUUGGAUGGAGUGCCAAUGGAGCUCAUUGCAAUCAAAUCAGCAGAGUGUAACUCUUAUGAGCGCACGAUUCUUUACUUGGAAAAAUGCUAUCGAGAUGGGCGAGUAAACUCUGAAAACCAAAUUGGCGAGCUCAAGAUAGUACCCGUUUUGCAGUCCAUGUACGCCAACUUGAAUGACUUUGAUGCUCUAAGUGGUAUUCUUCGGAAGUUCUCAACGAAUAACCUCAACGAGAAACUUACAACUUUCCAGUAUAAUGAUAACUGGACCUUUGUGCAGAGUUCUUUCCAGGCACUUAGUGAGUUGGGAGACAAAGACGAAAAGAUUGAAAAUCAAACCAAACUACUCAAAUCUUUAGCAAAUCAUGCUAUGUACGACGAUGUUCUUUCGACUCUUGCAGUGCGAACCGAGCAUCAUGAUCUUUCUGCCAUUCCUUUCGACUGGUCAAUGGCUGGUCUUUCAGCUGCCACCAUUUCAGGCAGCUUUGAUCAGUUGAAAAAAUGGCUUUAUGUUGCCGAUUCAAUUGGAAAAUUUCAUGAUGUUGGAACCUCUAUGACAUAUCAAUUUGCACAAGCUCUCAAUGCAAUCGUGGACCUUCUGGAUGAAGAACUCUCAAAAGCUCGCAUUGAUUUGCUCUACGAUAUCAUUGGAAAAUCAUUACUUUCCUCUGUAUCCUCGUCAACUUCCCGCAAUGCUGCCCUCUUAUCACAUUUGCAUAACCUUUAUGAUAUGUCCAGCAUCAUAUUUCCCGACCAUGAGUCAGAUAGUUCCACCAUUAAUAACAUCUUGAAGGUGAGGCUCAAGAAUGCAGACCAAGCGUUUGAUUCCCAGUGGGCGAUAGUUUCAAUGCAGCUGGUGGCCCACAAAGUGAAAAAAGAAAACCAAAAGGUUGCUGAUAAUCUUCUCUUCAAGUCAGAAUUAGCCCGCAAGAAUCACAGAUUCGACCUUGCAACCCAAUCAAUAGUUAAAGCCAUGGCACUCAAUGAUGGAAGAGCAACCAUUGAGUACGCUGACUUAUUAUGGGACCAAGGAAAGCAUACUGAGGCUAUCAAAUCCAUUGAGCAAGUUUUGACCGACAAGAAUAUAUGGAAGUCAAUUCUGAAAGCAAAGGUACAACUCAAGUAUGCAGAAUGGUUGGAUGAAUCGAGCCAUAGUUCUUCCACGGCCAUCAUUGCGGAAUACACAAAGGCUUAUCGUCUCGAUGCCAAUUGGGAAAAACCGUACUACGAUCUCGGAAAGUACUAUAACAAGCUCAUGGAUUCUCAGAAUGAUCUGUCAGGAAUCUUUGAGCAGCAUCUUGUGAGAUACUUUUUGAAAGCCCUAGCUUUGGGUCCAACGUAUAUCUUUGAGGCACUUCCAAAGUUGAUUACCGUAUGGCUCGACUUUGCUCAGACUACCAGACGUUCAGGUGAUUCAGAAAAAGCAUUGAAUCAAAUUGUUCAAGACAUAGGGUCUGUGAUUACCAAGAUCCCAGCGUACGUGUGGUAUACUGCCAUAACCCAAUUAUUGUCCCGUGUUGGCCACGCUCAUCAGCCAUCGGCAGAUUUGCUUCAUCAAAUUAUCGCUAGACUUGUUGAGACGUAUCCUCGUCACAGCUUGUGGUUUGUACUUUCACAUUUGAACUCGAAUGACAAGACAAGAAGAGAUCGUGUUAGCUUGGUGCUCAAAAGUUAUGUUUCCACUGGUAAUGAUGCUUCAAAAAUACUUUCUGGCGCUCAACAGUUGUUUCAAACUCUCAAAAAACUUGCCAAUUUCAAGAUCUCGAAAAAAUCACCACGAAAGAUGUCUUUGGCUGACGACUUUGGAAUAACUAGCUUGAAUGAACCGUGCACUUCUUUGGUAAUACCUGUUCGGUCAAAUUUGGAAAUUCGAUUACCCAGUGUAAAGCAUGUUCAAAAGAGCUCAUCAGCAUUUCCCAAGUCUUCAAGCAUCACUUUCAAUGGGUUUGACGACGCUGUGAAUGUGUUCCAUUCCCUCCAAAUGCCACGGCAGGUGACGAUUCGUGGUUCUGACUUUCAAGUUUACCGUUUGAUGAUCAAAAAAGAUGAUACAAGAAAGGAUGCCAAAGUGGUUGAAUUCACAACGAUGAUCAAUAGAUUGUUAUCGGCUGAUAAUGAGUCUAGAAAACGCAAUCUCACAAUUGCAAACUACUCGGUGGUGCCACUAGCUGAAAACAUGGGUGUGAUUGAGUUCGUGCUGAACGUUGAUACCAUGAAAGGUAUUAUCAAUGAACAGCGUAAGAAACGUGGGCAAAUGGUGAAUGACAGAAAAAUGUUCUUGAGACUAGAUCUGGGACAGAAGGCAGUUAAAAGCAAAUCUGCCGCCGACAGAAAGUCAAUUGAAGAUUUGAUCGCCUUGUUUGAAGAUAUCUGUCACGAAGCACCACCAGUUCUACAUGCUUGGUUGGUAAACCAGUUCUCAGAUCCGUCCUCGUGGUACCUUGCUAGAACGGCAUUUACUCGAUCUACAGCAGUUAUGUCGAUUGUGGGCUAUAUCAUUGGACUUGGAGACCGACACUGUGAAAACAUUUUAUUUUUCAAGAAGACGGGAGCGGCUUUGCACAUUGAUUUUGAUUGUCUAUUUGAAAAGGGAAAAACCUUACCGACUCCAGAAAUAGUUCCUUUCAGACUCACGCAGAACAUGGUCGACGUUAUGUCGAUUAGUGGAGUCGAAGGACUGUUCAGAAUCUCGUGUGAGGUUACAGGAUCGAUUUUGAGAGAAAAUGAAGCACCGUUGAUGAAUAAUCUUGAAACGCUUUUAUACGAUCCUUUGUUGGAUUGGAGAACACAGCAAGACCCACAGGAUCAUCUUCGUACCGUGCGAAGAAAGAUCAGAGGUCUCAUGGAUGAGAAAGAAGGGCUUCCUAUGAAUAUCAAUGGCCAAGUUGAUGUUUUAAUUCAGGAAGCAACUUCUACGGAAAACCUCAGCCAAAUGUAUGGCGGCUGGGCACCCUAUAUUUAA